GCUCUUCCAAUUCCCCAUUCUCAACGCUCCCUCUCUUUCUCUUUCUCUUUCUUCUCCUUUUCUUCCCUUUCUUUUUUUGCUUGUGGGUUUAUCAGGAUUUUUUCUUUCAACUGAUCAUUUAUAACCCACAUUUCACAUUUUCCUCCAAUUAGACUGCAUUUUCUUGUUAAUUUUAGGAAGUUAAAAGGAAACUUGAUUUUUCUGUCCUCUGAUAACUUUGAAUAUAUGGGGAAGUUAAUGAGACUCAUUUCAAUGGCUCCUCUGUUUCUGCUACUUUGCCUUCCUUUUGCAUUUGGUGGGCAUGAUUAUAACCAAGCUUUGAGUAAGAGUAUUCUCUUCUUUGAAGCUCAAAGAUCUGGUUACCUCCCCCAUAACCAGAGAAUCACAUGGAGAGCUAACUCUGGUUUGAAUGACGGCAAGGCUAGUGGGGUGGAUUUGGUAGGGGGGUACUAUGAUGCAGGGGACAAUGUGAAGUUUGGGUUGCCUAUGGCAUUCACCAUAACGAUGAUGUCCUGGAGCAUAAUAGAGUACGGCAAACAAAUGGUUGCUAAUGGUGAGCUGGGCCAUGCCAUGGAAGCCGUCAAGUGGGGCACUGACUAUUUCAUCAAAGCUCAUCCCCAGCCUUAUGUCCUUUACGGAGAGGUGGGAGAUGGUAACAGUGACCAUUACUGUUGGCAAAGACCGGAGGACAUGACCACCGACCGUCGUGCUUACAAGAUUGACCCAAGUAAUCCAGGGUCGGAUCUCGCCGGUGAAACAGCCGCCGCAAUGGCCGCCGCUUCCAUCGUCUUCCGCCGCUCCAAUCCUGCCUAUUCCAGAGAGCUUCUUCGCCAUGCCUACCAGCUGUUCGAGUUUGCUGAUAAAUACAGAGGCAAAUAUGACAGCAGUAUCACAGUUGCUCAAAAAUACUACCGAUCCAUCAGUGGCUACAACGAUGAGUUGUUGUGGGCCGCUGCAUGGCUGUACCAAGCUAGUAACAAUAAAUACUACUUGAACUAUCUUGCGAAAAAUGGUGACUCAAUGGGUGGAACCGGCUGGGCCAUGACUGAGUUCGGUUGGGACGUCAAGUAUGCUGGGGUUCAGACCCUUGUCGCCAAGUUUUUAAUGCAAGGUGAAGCUGGUCACCAUGCACCAGUUUUCGAGAAGUACCGUCAGAAGGCGGAGUAUUUCAUGUGUUCAUUGAUCGGAAAGGGUAGCCGUAAUAUUCAGAAGACUCCCGGUGGUUUGAUUUACAGACAGAGAUGGAACAACAUGCAGUUCGUGACAAGCGCUUCGUUCUUGGCAACUGUCUACUCUGAUUAUCUGACUUCCUAUAGGGGAAGCUUGAAGUGUGCUGCUGGCAAUGUUGCACCAUCGGAGCUUCUUUCUUUUGCGAAAUCUCAGGUGGAUUACCUUCUUGGAGACAAUCCAAGAGCUACAAGCUAUAUGGUUGGCUAUGGAAACAAUUAUCCAAGACAAGUUCACCACCGAGGUUCUUCGAUUGUUUCGAUCAAGGUCAACCCUAAAUUUGUUGCCUGCCGACAAGGUUACGCAACUUGGUAUACAAGGAAAGCUAGUGAUCCUAAUGUCCUCACCGGUGCUUUGGUCGGAGGGCCUGAUGCCUAUGAUAACUUUGCUGAUGAAAGAGACAAUUAUGAGCAAACAGAGCCUGCUACCUAUAACAAUGCUCCACUUCUUGGCAUUUUGGCUAGAUUAGCUGGUGGUCAUGGUGGAUACAACCAACUCCUUCCUGUGGUUGCCCCAGCACCUAAUCCUGUCAUUGCCAAACUGAAACCGGCACCGAAGCCCAAACGGACUCCAACUCCUGCCUCAUCUUCUAGUCCAAUUACUAUAAACCAGAAGAUGACAACUUCCUGGAAUCACAAGGGCAAGACUUACUACAGAUAUUCCACAGUAGUGACCAACAAGUCUUACAAGACAGUAAAGGCUCUCAAGCUCUCAAUAUCAAAGCUUUAUGGUCCCAUAUGGGGUCUCACCAAGUCUGGCAAUUCUUAUGGUUUCCCAGAAUGGCUCAACACUUUACCUGCUGGAAAGAGUCUUGAGUUUGUAUACAUCCAUGCUGCUUCUCCUGCUGAUGUCUCUGUUUCAAGCUACAAUUUAGCUUAAUAUGGAAGACAUUGCAAAAAAUAAAGGGUAAGUUCCAACAUGGUUCUGGGGUUGUGGUGUUAGAAUUUGUGCAGCUAUACAGAAUGCGGUCAAAGAAAAGGGUUGGUUUUCCUGUUUUUUUUUCUUCGUUGUUUGGGGAUUUUCAACUCUACUUGUUGAAUGGGUUAUUUAAUUAGGGUUCUACCAGAUAUUUAGUGGAAGAUUGGAGGAGAAAUAGAUAGAAUUGGGAGACAGUUAAAGAGAAUGAAAAUUGAGAAAGUAAACAAAUUACUUCUCAAUAAGAUUUCAAGGAAUCUGCUUUUUACUUCCUACUUACAGAACAGCAGCUGAUGUCUUUUUUUGUUGUUGGUGUUGUAACUGCAAACUUUGUAGCAUUAUAUGUUUUCCAUAUAAAUACAGUUUGCACAACAAUGUUUUGUCCCUA